AUGAUUUUACCUAAUAUCAAAUCAAAGAUACCCCUCAAUGCACGACAAGCUAUAGCGAACCGACUGUUUCAAGAGUUCAAACGUAUCUAUACGCCCAUUCUUUCCCAACAACCUUCAAUAGCCACUGAGCAUGCUGCAAGACAAGAAGAGAACAUAUUGAACACAACGGCCAAUCUGGCUGGAUACAAACAGCUCGCGAUGACCACUUUGGGCCGUUUAAAGAAGAGACCGGUGUGUGCGGGAGUUGAAGAUACGGGCAUAGACGGUGAAUGGAAAGACCUAGCAGCCAAGGAAAAAGAAAUGGAUGACUUUUUGAAUAACAUAGACAAGUGUAUAGCGAGCGUAGAGCAACUCAAGGAAUUAGGAUACCCACUACCUGAUUUACUCAAUGUUGUGCCCGAGGAGACAUUUGCAAUCACUACGGUAGGAAGCAUCGCAACUUGCGAUAGAUGCAAAAAGGAAUACAUAGUAAAGAACGUGCUGACAAAAGAAGACAUGGAGAUAUGCACAUAUCAUCCAUUACGAAUGGCGACCGUGCAAAGAAAUGGAGAAAGGAGACGAGUGUACAGAUGCUGUGGAGACUCGAUCGAUAGUAACGGCUGUACAAGAGGACCACAUGUGUAUAAGGAAGAAAGUCUAACUGUCUUGCAUCAAAAGAUACCCUUUGUGUCAGCACCUGCUCGAAAUAUCAGCGACAGCAAGACUAGGCACAAGCUGGUCGCACUAGAUUGUGAGAUGGGGUAUACAACAGCGGGUAUGGAGUUGAUCCGGUUAACAGUUGUUGAUGAACAAAAGAACAUGUUACUAGAUGAGUUGGUGCUUCCUUCAAAUAUGGUCGUUGAUCUGAACACAAGGUUCAGCGGUGUGAAAACAUUAGAAAGAGUCAAGUAUGACCUGGACGGCAUAAGGAAAAAACUGUUUGAGUACGUUGAUCAGGACACGAUCAUCGUUGGUCAUGGUCUGGAAAAUGAUAUGUGUGCACUUCGAUUGGUUCACACCAAGGUUGUAGAUACCGUCAUUCUUUAUCCUCAUAAAGCUGGGCUACCUUUUAGAAACAGCCUUCGUGGUUUAGCUUCAUCAGUCACCAAGAAAUUCAUUCAGGACAGUUCAGAUGGACAUGACUCUUUGGAGGAUGCGAGUAUUUGUAUUGAUUUAUUAAAGCAAUAUAUAAUACGAAAAAAGCAAUAA